CGUCGCUUGACGAACUACCCUUUACGACGACCAUUUACGAUAACGUGGUUAGAGUCUUUUAUAUAUAAAAAAUGGGUCCUAAAAAGAGUACCAAGAUGAGUUUGACGGCCUUUCUGGGCGACGAGGCGUUCGGUGCAACGAAUUGGGCUGAUGAAGUUGAUGAUUUGCCCGCAUUGCCCCAAGAGCGCUCUGCUGGCGGCUUCCGUGAUUCUGGAUACUCUGACAACGCUGGUGGCUACGAGUCUGGCGGUAUGGGCCGUCGCUCCAGUGGUUACGACCGCGAGCCCGUGCCUUUGCCUACGGAGCCUCCUUUCACCGCUCACGUUGGCAACCUCAGCUUCGAUUUGUCCGAGGGUGAGAUUACCAACUUCUUCGGUGGAAGCGUGAGCAACGUCCGCCUUGUUGUUGACCCUGUCUCUCAACGCUCUCGUGGCUUCGCCUACGUUGAGUUCCAGUCGGUCGACGCCUUGAAGUCCGCUCUUGACCUUUCGGGAGAGCAAUUGCUCGGUCGCCCCGUCCGUGUUACUGUUGCCGAGCCCCGCCGCUCCAACUUCCAAGAUGACCGUAGUGCUGGCGAUUGGGUUCGCCGUGGUCCCUUGCCCCCUGUUGAGCGUGAGCAACGCUCCUUCGGUGGUUACAGAAACGCUGCUCCUCGUCAGAACCGUGAAGAGGACGCUCAACCUUGGGUUCGCCGUGGCCCUCUUCCUUCUCGUGAGAAUGCCGGCCGUCCUCGUUUGAACUUGAAGCCUCGCACUUCCGAAGGUGCCGCUGCUUCUGCUGCUUCCUCCGCUUCCAAGUCCAAAUUCGAUCCCUUUGGUGGCGCUAAGCCUGUUGACAAUGCUGAGCUUCUUUUGAAGGUCGAGGAGAAGAUUGCCAAGCGCAAUCAAGCUUUCCACCAAGAGGUCGCUCCUGCUAAGCCUAAGGCUGCUCCUGUUGAUAAGACUGCCGAGAAGCUUGCAGAGUUGCGUCUUCACCCCAAGGAAGAGAGCAAGCCUGCCGAGGAGGCUCAAGAAGCUGCUGCCCCUGCCCCCGCUGUUGAAGAAGAAGAAGAGGGUUGGACAACUAUUAGCAAGGGUCGCAAGUAGGUUCUGUUGUUAACUGUCAUGGAUCAAGCUGUGUAAACAGCUCCUAAAGUCAGUGAUUUGAUGAGAGGGUGAUACACAGUACUUGGUUUUUUGAUUUCUCGAUUGUUUGCGAAUGAAUGUGUUUCUAAGUUACAGCUUCAGUUGUUUAACUUUGAGGCGGUCUAAUGGUAAGUAUUUAUUCGCGGUCUACAUUCACUGGUGUUUUAGAACUAUUGAAGUCUGUCUGGUUCUAAGCGUUACUUCAAUACAAUCACUUUCUAUCUGGCUAUGUGUGAAAUGAGACAAAUGAGACGGAGGCAGAUGGCGGGG